UAACAUUUUUGACGGAAACAGUGCAUGGAAUAUAAAAAAUAUUUUCGAUUUCACAUUUGUGUUUUUGGAUUAGUGGAAUAGCUGGAUUAGGAAUUAAUAUAGUGGAUUCAGAAUAUAUUCUUUGGUGUCUCCCCCCUAGUUAAUAACAUUUCUCAUUCAUAGAUAAAUUUUCAGAGAUAAAUUAUAAUCUUUGUUUGCGGUUUGUUUAUUACAAAUGAUAAAAACAUUUCAACUGAUAGUCCAUGCAUCAAUAAAAGUGAACUGAUUCCACGUUCAUCAUUUCAUUUGAGUUCGUUUUACAAUAAGCACAAUUAUGUCAGUACGUCGUCCAAAAGUUUUAGUAACGCAUUCAAAAACUCCCGAAGCUGGUGUUCGACUCUUGCGUGAAAAAUGUGAGGUGAUUAUUUGUGAAGAAUUGCCGGAACCAUCGCGAGAAGAGAUAUUAACCAAAUCUCAGGGUUGUGACGGUAUUUUAUGGGCAACGCAUGAGGCAUUGAAUGCUGAAGCAUUGGAUCGUGCCGGACCCCAGUUGAAGGUGGUUUCUACCAAAUCUGCUGGAAUUGACUACGUUGAUGUGGCCGAAGUGAAACGACGUGGCAUUCCAUUAGGUUACACUCCGAAUGUAUUGAGUGAUGCUGUUGCUGAUUUGGCCAUUGGUUUGAUGGUCUCGGCUGCUCGACGCUUCCAUGAAGGUUAUUUAAAAAUCAUUAACAACCAAUGGGAAUCGAGCGACCCACAAUGGAUGCUUGGACGAGAUAUUAAAGGUGCCACCGUUGGAAUUGUUGGUUUGGGUGGUAUUGGACAAAAGAUUGUGAAUCGUUUGAAAGGCUUCAACGUUGGCACUGUUUUAUACACUGGACAUCGUGAAAAAGAUGAAGGCAAACAAUUGGGUGCUUCAUUUGUAACAUUCGAUGAACUUUUGACUCGAUCUGAUUUUGUUUUCGCUGCCUGCCCAUUGACUAGUGAAACUAAAAAUAUGUUUGACAAAAUGGCAUUUGGUAAAAUGAAACCGACUUCGGUGUUUGUUAAUGUUUCGCGCGGAGGACUGGUUGUUCAAGAUGAUUUAAUUGAAGCGUUGAAAAAUGGCACAAUAUUUUCGGCUGGUCUUGAUGUUAUGACACCAGAACCAUUAGAUCCCAAUCAUCCACUUACUAAACUGCCCAAUUGCGUAUUGGUUCCACACUUGGGAUCAGCAACAUGUAACACCAGAGACGAUAUGGCCAUUGUGGCUGCGCAAAAUGUUUUGAAUGGCAUUGAAGGAAAAUCACUUAUUUACUCCGCUUACUAAAGCAUCUUUUUUUCGAACAUUUUGAAAUUGAAUUGUUCAUUUGAAGUUCAACAAUUAUAGAACAAUAAAACUAUUUUAAAAGUAA